GUCCAUCCAUAGCCAUGCCACCGGCAAACAUGGCGGCCUCCGUAGUUGUCGAAGUGUUCUCGAAAUCGGAGUCGCUAAAGCGCUUUUCCAAGCCGUUCGACGCUGCCUCCGACGCAAAAACGCACUUAGCGCGACUCAGUGACACAGUGGCCGUCGCUCAGAAGGAAGUGAACGCCUACCUCACCGAAAUGGUGGACGCGCAGCGCAAGUCCGCUGCCGGUGACUUGGAGGCCGACAACGGUGAAGAUGACACCGACGAUGCACCAGCUAAGAAGAAAUCAAAAAAGUCCUGACACCACAAACGCGGUGUUGUAACGUCAUCUGCAUACCUAUGUUUCACUGUAAUUUACUGCCCAAUAAAUUGCAUCAUCAAUUGCAAUUAGCCAGUUUAUACAUGCUUUUGGAGCUGAAAAAAAAGUGCUAAGCAAUGCUACUGAGGAGAAUGAAGUAUUUUUUUUUUCUCGCUGGUACGAAGUGUUUUUUUAAACCAUACAAAAUUUUUUUUUUAAUGUCGCAGUUUCGUCCGAAAGGCGACACAUCAAUUGCAAAAGCAAAUUAGUAGAGAACUAUUCGGAGUAGGGAUAGUAGCUUUAUCGGCUGCAUAAACUUGGACACAUUCGCUUACUAACUGAAUUAACAAGCGUGGUGUCAGCACGCACAAGCAAACAUGAAUAGAUCACACUCAAUGUCCGCAGACGACUGUCAAAACUCUGGCAGCAAGCGUAGCCGCCGCAGCGAGCGAAGGUUUGUGCGGUCUAUCGCUUCAACAGAAACUGAGCGGCGAAUGCACAGCGCAUACAAAGGUCAGAGCCGUCUGGAGAUCGCUUUUAAGAGAUGGUGCGGGCGACCGCCACAGCUGGGCAAAGUACAAACGCAGUUGUUGGCAGAGUAGAAGCUGCCCCCCCUCCCUCCUGUGCUGCCUUCCCGGUUUCUUGCUUUCGUGCGGGAGAUUGAGUGGCCAGUUCCCCUUGCGCCCGGUUGCAAGAUAGGCAUUUGGUGCCGCAGCACAGCGUCGCCCCGCCUCCCUCCCUCUCAUACCGCGCGACGAAGGUCGCCUUUGCUUUCCACCGUGCGUUUGCUCUCCGUGAUAGCGCGCAUCCUCCGCAUGCUUUCACUCGCACAUACGGCGCGCGGCGACGAUUUUAUCGCCCUUGGACUUUAUACGGAACCUCAAGGCGACGCUGACGGCAAAAAUCUGGUUGAAGUGUCCAUAUAAUUGAAAAAUGGCCUCUGGCAGAUAGCACAAUUCUAGUCCUUGAGCUGGAUUACUCGAAGAGGAUCAUUACUUCCAUGAGAAAUUGAAAUGCAUGCUCCUAUGGAGCCUCAGCACAAGAUAGCGCCAGGUGGAUGGGUGGCCACUGUUGCAGACGAUGGGACCCACAAAGCUGGGACUGGCAGCCGGAACCAUGUCAGGAACCUUGAUACAUUGUCACUGUACUCUAGUCUAAAGGGACGGCGGGCACACCAGCAACGUCUCCAUUGUGCAGCUGGAGAUGAGUCUGCUCUCGCCGAAGGCUAUGUCACGCGCUGAUCUUCUUUACCUGUACUCUUGAUCUUAUUUUUUUUCCAAUUCUUGAAGACACGCAUUUCUAGCACGUGCCAUUUGCUCAUUCUUCACACAGCCGAGUGUUCUCAUACUUUUCUUUCAGAGCUUGUUGAGAGGUGUCCCUGUUCUCGUUUACUCAUAACAACAUAAAAAUACAUAACAAUAGAGUAAAUAGAAAUGGCAAAAUGACAUGCAGUUCGCUCAUAUUGACAAAAUUGAAAGAUAUAAUCACACCGGGAACGGGAAUGAGGAAUAAGAUUUGCACUGACUAUCUUAUACAUGCUCUUCAUACAAGUCAUUCGUGGUGUACAAACAGAAAAAGCAGGCACAGUUUACCGAGACAUAAGUUACACUAUGGAAUACACUAUAAAAUCCACACUAUGUAGAGCACUGCAAAUGUAAAAUUCUAUACAUGUAAAUCACAUUCAUAGAAAUAAUUUAAUAUUGUGUAAACAAGAUAACUUGUUUCCAGCACCGUUUGCUAGGGUGGUGGCUUGGGCCUCCACCCUAGCUGUACAGCGUGCACAUCUUUGUGCUGCUGCUUACAUUUUUCUUUAUUCGGCAGACUUGCCAGCAUAUAUACAAAAAAAGGUUACUAAAAUCUGUCAAAUAAAUGCAUGCAGCCGUUGGUCUUAUAAUGUAAUCGCUGUUUGCUGACAGGCCCUGGUAAUCUUUUUUUUCUCUUCUUGCUUCCCCCAUUCUCCAUCAUCUUCCAGCAUUGAUGCUGCUGACCACCACUGUAGAUGCACUUGACUAUGUCUAUUCUCGUGGGAUCUUUUUUGUUUUCCCCCCUUAAGAACUUUAACUGUACAUGUUGCUUAUAUCAAGUUUAGUGCCAACAAAUAUUUUAGUUGUGAGUCAGCACAGUAUGUGUGUGCAAUUUUCUUUUGCACCUUGUCUUUGUAGGCACUUUGUAGGCACUAGAGAUCAUAUGUGUAGAGAUCAUAUCUCUCUCUAUGUGUAGAAGAUCAUAUCGUCACCAAACUUAUUUUUUAGUGUGUUAUUCCCGCCAUAAUUGUUAUGCAGACUUCUCUCAACGAACUGGAAUUAAGUUAGGUUAGGUUAGGCAUGGUGGCAACUGACAUGCAGAACCAGCGUUCAGUUGUGCACAACUGAAUUCAGGCAGGAGAGCAUGAUUUGAAGUAUGGGGAGACGCUCAUUGUGGCAUGCAGGGUUGUUUAAAGCAGCAAUGAUGCGAGAGUUCAACGUCCUAUUUUUGUGCUAAUGAAGGUCCACACCCUCCAAGCCCUGGAAGUGUAUAUUGGCAAGCAUUGAGUGACUAAAUAAUUUAAUUACCCUUAAGGCACAGUUUAAUUCACGCAACACUUUGUGCAUUUUCUGGUGGGCCAUCAUAAUUAGAGUAAAUAGAUAUUUGUUCAUUCAUUCAUUCAGUCAGUAAUGAUUCUUUUCACAAUGAAAUUCAAUCACAAGCUUGCAAUGUAAUAUUGACUGCAUGCCUUACAAGAAUAUUUUUUUUCUCUACACUGGUACAGGAAUGCGGCAUGUCGAACAUCCUGUCAAACAAGGUCGCCAUGCAGAUCUUCGUGAGAACUCUCACUGGCAAGACCAUCACUCUAGAGGUCGAGCCAAGUGAUACCAUGUCAAGGCGAAAAUCCAAGACAAAGAGGGUCGAGCCAAGUGAUACCAUGUCAAGGCAAAAAUCCAAGACAAAGAGGGUCGAGCCAAGUGAUACCAUGUCAAGGCGAAAAUCCAAGACAAAGAGGGUCGAGCCAAGUGAUACCAUGUCAAGGCAAAAAUCCAAGACAAAGAGGGUCGAGCCAAGUGAUACCAUGUCAAGGCGAAAAUCCAAGACAAAGAGGGUCGAGCCAAGUGAUACCAUGUCAAGGCAAAAAUCCAAGACAAAGAGGGUCGAGCCAAGUGCUACCAUGUCAAGGCGAAAAUCCAAGAUAAAGAGGGUCGAGCCAAGUGAUACCAUGUCAAGGCGAAAAUCCAAGACAAAGAGGGUAUCCCACCCGACCAGCAACGUCUGAUCUUCGCUGGCAAGCAGCUCGAGGAUGGCCGCACGCUGUCCGACUACAACAUCCAGAAGGAGUCUUCACUGCACCUGGUGCUGCGGCUGCGCGGUGGAGCCAAGAAGCGCAAGAAGAACUACACCACACCCAAGAAGAAC